AUGAAUGAAAUCACAGCGUGCACGCGUGGAACCACUUUAUCUGUGCGUCGCCUUAACUUCCUCCUUCCACCUCCCCCACCCAUCACACCUCCCCAGAAUCACAUCAAAAUCUCCCAAAUGGAUGAAUUAUUAGCUGCAGCAUUCGACGAGCUGAAUUUCAAAGCCCAGGAGUCAGACCCUGCAGCUUUUGAGGCUCAGCUGGCUGAAGAAGAGAGUGGCUUGCGUGAACACAAGCCUCGCAAAAUUGAUCCGUCCGAAGAAGAUGUUUUACAGAACCUAGAGUCAGAAUAUCUGACUCCCCCAACCCGCUUCAAUCCAAAAUGGCUUAACAAACUUCAGACGCGAUGGCAAGUCGACAGCGUCACCGAAGAUCCGUCCCAGCUCUUCCAGCUCGACCAAACACAAUCACGCUCCGAAACCAGAUUCGUCCGAGAAGGCUUGGAGGGCAGAGUUACCGACUACAAAGAUGUCACAAUCACAGCCGAACGCGCCCAUGCUAAGAACUCUACCUCGAUGCGCCGUGAGGUCGCGUCACGCGCUGAUUUCGUUCGAGGCGGAUCUGGUUCUGUCCCUUUCGCGCCGGGUGGUCUAGACCAAAUUGAAGCUAUUGCAGAGAGUGAACUAGGGCCCGACUGGGCAGAACAAUCCCGACCCUCUAAGAAAAAGGCUGGCUUGGACCGAAUCAUCGAGUUUGGGUCCGCUGGUGGACUUUUGACAACACCUCCUGGAUUUGCUCGUGGAAUGAAUUUCGAUCAGAAGAAGACCAAGUCAGACGAAGAAGAACGAGUGCAGGAGCUGCUCGAGAAAGGAAGCGACAAAGCUGAGGAUGACGAUCAGCCCGCGAAGCCGGACGAAGUCGUCAAAAGUCCUAAGGUUGACGCGGAUGAGCGCCCGGGCAUGGCCAAUGAUGACCAAGAAGAGAUCGAUGCGCUUCUCCCUGUCGAAUACCCUUCACUUGAGCCGAACGGCGCAUGGGCAGCGCUUUCUCUGUCACCCAAGAAGAAGUGGGCACAUGUUGUAGAUGUGAACAAGCCAAUGGAAAACUUUUACGACCUCGUCCCGAAUAUGGCUAGAACAUGGAGUUUCGAGCCGGAUACAUUCCAGAAGCAAGCUAUCUACAAUCUUGAAAAUGGAGACUCAGUCUUCGUGGGUGCUCAUACUUCAGCUGGAAAGACAGUUGUGGCUGAAUAUGCCAUCGCUCUUGCACAGAAACACAUGACCAAAGCCAUCUACACAUCCCCGAUCAAAGCACUCAGUAACCAGAAAUAUCGCGACUUCAAAAACGAUCCAAAUAUUGAAGAUGUUGGCAUCUUGACGGGUGAUGUUCAGAUCAACCAGGAGGCCAGCUGCCUCAUCAUGACAACCGAGAUUCUACGCAGUAUGCUUUACAAGGGUGCCGAUCUUAUCCGCGAUGUUGAGUUUGUCAUCUUUGACGAAGUCCAUUACAUCAAUGACGCAGAGAGAGGUGUGGUCUGGGAAGAGGUUAUUAUCAUGCUUCCAGCUACAAUUACGUUGAUCCUUCUGUCCGCUACUAUCCCAAACACCGAAGAAUUUUCAUCGUGGGUUGGUAGUAUAAAGAAGAAGGACAUCUACGUGAUUUCAACUCCUAAGCGACCUGUUCCUUUGGAGCACUACCUCUGGACGGGUAAGGAAAAACACCUGAUUGUUGACAGGAACAAGAGAUUCCUUGAAACUGGUUGGAAGGCAGCCAAAGAUAUCGCGUCUCCAGAUGGAAACAACAAAGGUGGCCGAGGCCGUGGAGGAGGGCAACAAGGCAAAAGCCAACAAGGCACUGGACAGCGCGGAGAUCAAAAGCAGGGUGAAGGCCGAAAUCAAAAUGGACGGGGACGUGGCAAGACCUUCAGUCGUGGCCAGGGGAAUAUGGGCCGCGGUGGUGGUAGCGGUGGGCGUCCGACUGCUGCUCAAGAUCAGAACAUCUGGGUUCAUCUACUUGGACAUCUUCGUGCGAAUGACCUCCUCCCGGCAGUUUGUUUCAUCUUUUCGAGGCAGCGAUGUGAAUCAAAUGCAGAGACUCUGAGCAACCAAGACUUCACCACUGCCAGCCAAAAGAGCCAUAUUCACAUGAUAGUUGAGAGAUCCCUCAAGCGACUUAACCCUCUGGAUCGAAAACUUCCCCAAAUCCUCCGGCUUCGAGAGCAAGUGAGCAGAGGUAUUGCUGUGCAUCAUAGCGGUCUUUUGCCAAUCAUGAAAGAGGUCGUCGAAAUUCUGUUUGCCGAUGGGCUGAUCAAAGUUCUCUUCGCGACGGAAACUUUUGCUAUGGGUCUCAAUCUGCCCACUCGAACGGUUGUAUUUGACAGUCUACGCAAGAAUGCGGGCAAGAUGAAAAAGCGUGACCUGUGGCCGCAAGAGUACACACAAAUGGCAGGACGUGCAGGGCGCCGUGGACUCGAUGACAAGGGCACCGUGAUCACUUUGGCUACUUACUGGAGUGAAGCACACAGUGCUGAGAGGUUGAAAGAGAUCAUUCUGGGAACCCCAAUGCGUCUCGAAUCAAAGUUCCGUCUCACUUACAACAUGAUUUUGAACCUCCUUCGUGUGGAAGCUCUCAAGGUCGAAGAAAUGAUCAAGCGAAGCUUCGGCGAAAAUGCCACUAUGGCUCUACGGCCAGACCAUGAGAAGAAUCUCAUAGCUUCCGAGGCUAGUUUGAAGAGCCUCAUCCGAGAGCCCUGUGAAAUCUGUGACGUGGACGUAACAUCCUGCUAUGAAGCUUCAGCUGAGUGGGGAAAAUUGACCAAACAGCUAUUCGAGGAAUUCCUGAAGACAACUACUGGAAAAAAGUGGUUCGGCCUCAAGAAAUUGAUCCUCUACAAAAAGGAUGGAGUGCGCACUGCCGGUAUUUUGGUGAAAGAAGGUACCAUGACAAUUCAAGUCCCAAACCCCGACAACCCUAAAGAGCCACUUAAAUUUCCCGGGCUUGAAGUUUUUGAAAUUGGUAGCGUCGGCAACACGCAGCAUGUUAGCAAUGAAAUGCCAUUUCUACCCCUUUUCCGGCCACAUUUCCAGCCUCUCCCAUCGAGUGUUGAAUCCAUGGAGCUCAAGCUGGUCCAGGUUCGGCUGGAUGAUCUCGAGUGCAUCACACAUACAUUCGUCAAGUUUCAAGACCCAACGUUCUAUUUUGGUGUCAAGGAUGUGGCAACGAAGUUCGCCAAUGAUCAAGUGGUCAAAUACACCGAAUCAUGGGAUAGCAAGGUCUGGGAUGAGGACAACUGGGCCAAGGUAACCGAUUUUAACACGAUUCAAAUUCUGGAAAAGCGACAGGCUCAGGUGGAAAUUAUGAAUGCUUGCUUGAGUCCCUCUUGUCCCAACUUUCAGAAACAUUUCCAACUGGCAGGUGAAGAAUGGAAACUCAAAACGCUGAUCAAGGACAUGAAGCGACAGAUGUCUGAUGAGAGCCUCAAAUUGCUUCCAGACUAUGAACAGCGCAUCCGAGUUCUACAAGAGCUUGAUUUCAUCGACAACGAGGCCCGUGUCCAGUUGAAAGGAAAGGUGGCCUGUGAAGUCAAUUCAGCCGACGAGUUGAUCUUGACUGAGCUUAUCCUGGAGAACGUCUUCGCAGAUUACGAGCCUGAGGAGAUAGUCGCGCUGCUAUCUUGCUUUGUGUUUCAGGAUAGAACCGAUUCGGUGCCUACCCUUACGCCCCGCCUUGAGGAGGGCCAGAAAGCGAUCGUCAAAAUCGCCGAGCGGGUCGACAAGUGCCAGGCCUCACAUGGGGUUGCUCAGACCAGUGAGGAGUACGUCGACUUUGCCAACCCGAUCCGAUUUGCUCUGACCGAAGUGGUUUACGAAUGGGCCAAGGGCAUGCCUUUUAGCCGAAUUGCCGAACUGACAGAUGUGAUGGAAGGUACCCUUGUCCGUUGCAUCUCUCGUCUUGAUGAGACUUGCCGUGAAGUCAAGAGUGCGGCCAAGUUGAUCGGCGAUCCAGCUCUGCAUGUCAAGAUGGAGAAAGCCCAAGAACUGAUCAAGCGGGAUGUGAUUUUUGCCGCCUCACUGUACAUGUGA